GUUAACAACAUGGCUACACCUUCCUGGGAACAGCAGUUUACCUGUACGUGGGUCAACCCGGGGCGGCUUGAUAUGUCCGGGUUUCCUGAAGACAUGCCUACGUGUCUACAGUUCUACUUGAGGUCCAUAAGGUCACAGCAAUGGAUGGCGGCUCUGAAAAUGAUACAGCGUGGUCAAUCGCAUUCUUUUGCCAAUGAAAGUGGAAUCGUAUUUCCGAAGGAUUACGAGUCUUCCAGCAAUUCCAGCAGUGAAGAGAAAGAGCAGAGCAAAGGACCUCUCCAGGAGGAUGAAGUUGCAUUCUUUGCGGGGUUCUUCUCAAAAGACAGAGUAAAGAAAUCUGUGUUCCUUAUCACUAUUAGGAAAUGUUUGGAAGAGCGCAGAAGGCAAUGUGAAUGUGACCCUUUUGACGGUGAAGAGCAGUUUCUGACGUAUGUAAGCGAAGAAACAUUUCCAGAACCCGGGACUAUGGCUGUAGCUGAACCCAGUAAGAAGGGCGAGAAAGAGACCAUUGACGCGUUAACAAUGCUGGAAGAAAAACGACAUAGUAGUGUUGCGGCGCCGAUACUUUCUGUCAAGAGGCAUUGGUUAACGUCACAAGAAACAACGCCAGGUAGCAGCAAAAGGAUGAGGGGUGAGUUCAAUGUCUCCACUGUACUAAGAAUGUCAGAAAUGUGCGCAUGA